UGGGAGGAGAAACUUUACCUGGGGAGAUGAGAAACACUUCCUCCUCCACCCUGUCUGUUUCAGGUGAGAGGGGAGUGUGACAGACAAUAACUGCAAAUAUUCUGUGAAACUUUCCAUCGAGGAAUCUCUUUUGGUGGUGAGAAGGUUCUCCCACACUGAGGACCAAAGGUGAGGAGCUCUGCAAUAUGCGAAGGAGUGAGAACUAUUCACCAGUUCCUUGGGAGAAGAACCUUGAAAUGGACAACACCAAGGCAUGGAAUGACAACUCCAUACCAAUGAAAAGUCUUAAUGCUGAAGACAGAGCACCAUUGUGCCCUCAGUUAGGCCCUUACUUUGCUGAUGGCCAACGGCGCGUGGACUAUGUGCUUGCUUACCACAUCCAGAAACCCGGCAAUAUUUGUCGAAAAUCACCCAAGUUUGGAGACGACAACUUCAUUCGCCGGCUUCGACGUAGUUUGAGCAUAAGAAGCAGUCGUGCACCUUUACAGCCCAAAGAAGACCCAGAGAUUCCUGCUCAAGAGCAACAAACUGACUAUCAUGAAGAUGACAAGCGAUUCAGACGAGAAGAGUUUGAAGAAAAUCUCAUAGAGACUGGGUUGGAAUUGGAAAAGACUGAUGAGUGUAAGAUACCUGGAAUUGGCUUUCUGAAGAUCCAUGCCCCAUGGAAUGUCCUGUGUCGAGAGGCUGAGUUCAUGAAGCUCAAGAUGGCAACAAACAAGGUUUUUGAAGUUAAACAAGGAAGUAAUAUUGUGGAAAAGAUCCGACUGUUCAUUCACAAAGUCACAUCUCCAUUGCACCCAAAAGUGGACACCAACAAGCCUAAAAGUGUAAAAUCACUUUUACACCCUUUUUCCAGAGAGAAGGCACACCUAUUCGAUCUGUCUGACAGAGAUAAUUUCUUUGACAGCAAGACAAGGAGUUCAAUUGUGUAUGAAUUGCUGAAAAGGACAAGAUGCACCAGGGCCUUGUACUCAUUGGGGUUCACCAGUCUGCUUGCCAAUGGUGUUUAUACAGCUGGUUAUCCGCCUCAUGAUGGGGAGAUAGGAGUCAAUGCCAAACCCAGUGACAGAAAGACACUAUAUGAGGAAUGGGCCAGCUAUAGUGUCUUCUACAAGUACCAGCCCAUUGGACUAAUUAGGAAAUAUUUUGGUGAGAAGGUUGGACUGUACUUUGCCUGGCUUGGAGUCUACACACAGAUGUUAAUCCCUGCUGCCAUUGUUGGAGUAAUUGUAUUCCUCUAUGGCUGUGCCACUAUUGAUGAUAAUAUACCAAGUAUGGAGGUUUGUGACCCAAGGAACAACAUCACAAUGUGCCCACUUUGUGAUAGUGCUUGUAACUACUGGAAACUCACGACAGCAUGUGGUACUGCCAGAGCCAGCCAUCUCUUCGACAACGCAGCAACUGUCUUUUUCGCCAUUUUCAUGGCCCUGUGGGCCGUUCUCUUCAUGGAGCACUGGAAGAGACGACAGAUGCGACUUAACUAUGUCUGGGACCUGACAGGCUAUGGAGAGGAAGAGGAGGAGGAACACAAGGACCACAACCGAGCCGAGUAUGAGCUCCGUGUCAUGCAAAAAGCAAAGAGACUGGAAAAUUCAAUGGCUAAGGAUGAGAAAGUGAAGCUGACAUGCACUGACAGACUGCCAGCUUACUUGACUACUAUAGCCAUGAUGGCUUUCAUGAUCACAGUGACAUUUGUUAUUGUCUUUGGGAUUGUUCUCUACCGGAUUAGCAUUAACGCAGCUUUACAAAUUAAUAACUACCCUGGAGCACGGUACAAUGUCCGAGCCAUCGUCAAAACAACGGCUGCCAUCAUCAGCGUCAUCGUCAUCAUCGUCUUAGAUGAAAUCUAUGGUGCUAUCGCACGCUGGCUCACUAAACUUGAAGUUCCAAAAACAGCUAAGAGCUUUGAAGAACGGCUUAUCUUCAAGACGUUUGUCUUGAAAUUUGCAAAUGCCUUCACGCCAAUUGUUUAUUUGGCUUUUUUUAGGGGGAGACUUGUUGGGCGGCCAGGAAACUACCUGUAUGUUGUUGGGUCAUACAGAAUGGAAGAGUGUGCCGAGGCAGGCUGCCUAAUGGAAUUAUGCAUCCAGUUAUGUAUCACCAUGCUUGGGAAGCAGUUCAUCCAAAACAAUCUAUUUGAGAUUGGUGUACCCAAGCUGAAAAAACUGCUACGUAAGAAAAAGUCUGAGAUGGACCCAAAGCAACAAGAAGAGCUGACCAAGACCUUGCAGCAACAUGAGAAGGACCAUUUCCUCCUUCCUUUUGUUGGUCUUAGCCCAGAGUACAUGGAAAUGAUCAUCCAGUUUGGGAUGGUGACUCUUUUCGUGGCCUCAUUUCCUCUGGCCCCACUCUUCGCUCUUCUGAAUAAUGUCAUUGAGAUACGUCUGGAUGCCAAAAAGUUUGUUAUGGAACUCCGAAGGCCGAUUGCAGUCAGAGCCAAAGACAUCGGUAUCUGGUACAACCUAUUAAGGGGUCUCAGCAAGGUGGCUGUCAUCGUAAAUGCCUUUGUGAUCUCCUUCACAUCUGACUUCAUCCCACGGCUUGUGUACCAGUACAUGUACAGUCCUGAUGGCACCCUGCACGGCUUUGUCAAUCACUCUCUGUCUUACUUCAACGUGAGUGACUUUGCGCCAGGCACAGACCCUGCAAAGCCAUUGAUCCUAGGCUAUAAAGUAGAAAUAUGCAGGUAUAAAGACUACAGGGAGCCUCCCUGGUCCAGCACACCAUAUGAUUUCUCCAAGGAGUUUUGGGCAGUUCUUGCUGUUCGCCUGGCUUUUGUUGUGGUCUUUCAGAAUGUGGUGAUGCUCAUGAGUGACUUUAUCAGUUGGUUGAUCCCAGACAUACCCAAGGACAUCAGCCUCAAGAUCCACAAAGAAAAGGUCCUCAUGGUUGAGCUCUUCAUGAAAGAAGAGUAUGGAAGAAGGCUUGGUGUCGCUGACAGUCACAACCGUAACAGUUGUCCUUCCCCAUCCUCUUCAAAUCAGAGCCCACAACAACCACGAUCCCGGGCUGCGCCAAACACAAACUUGUGUUAAACUAUUGGCUGUAUGAUUCUGAAAAAUGAACACGUAAACGUAAUACAGUAAUACAGGGUUGUCCUUAAUUUCCCAUGUAGAGGAUAAAAUAUAUUUUAAAUUAAACAAAGGUUUUAGGGUAUUUGGAACAUAAAUGACAUAUUAAAAUUAUAUGAAUGGAAAUUGUGCACUAUGAAGCCUUAAUCUCUUUUCAACCUCUAUAGCUAUAAAAUGGAAUGCAAUUAGAUGACAGUAGCUUUGCGAUUCUGCAUUCAUUAUUAUCAAUGUCAUUGCUGUGGAAAGUUUUGAUAUUUUUUCUUUGUUUUGUAUUGUUUUUCCAACAUAAUUCCAUUGUUAAGACAAUUUAUUUUGAAUUGCUUUUGUCUCAGUUAAUCAUUACAUUGUUUGGUGUAAGACUUCAUGAGGAUUUUAUAAUGAGGCAGCAUGUUGGACAAGUCAGGCCUUUACCUGCUCUGUGUUUGCUCGCACGAAUUGUCUCCAGGUGCUCUAACUUUAUUGAACAGUGCAAGAAAUUGCACGUUAGGUUAACUGAAGACAAACCGCUAUAUGUCCAUUGGAGAUAAUAUAAUUUGUGUGGGUGUGUGUGGGUGGCAAAAUAAAUGCAUUCAAAAGUUAACAUUUAAUGCAAAUAUUCAUUUGAUUCCAAUUAAUGCGUGCCCGUUCCUUGGAAAGACACUCCCAGCCCCAGACUCCUUAAAAGAUAAGCGUCCUGGGUAUGCCCAUCUUUUCACUUGCUCACUUGUCACUAGCUUUUUAAGUCCCCAUCGCACUAAAGAGAAACAAUUGCGAGAUUUGCGUCUGUUGGAUUUUUAUCAGGGUUUGUUCAAAAUUUCAAAUGGUCACCAAAUGGUCGCCAGACAUUCGCUUGUACUUUUCUUGUUGCAAGGGAAUUUUCAACAUGUUCAGAACGUUUGGUGAAUGAUUCACAGGGAUUAUCCCACACUAUUGUCAUAUUUAUGAAUGAAAUCCAACAAAAUCUGCAGACCACUCAGUAUGUCUGCCUGCUUCUCGACAGGAGAAUCUUACAUUACAUUGUGACCAACUGUACAAUCUGGGGCAGUCAUUGCACCUUUUAGUGUUGCGCAAUUGAGAUAAAUGGUCCUCGCAGCAAACGCUGGAUGGGUUAGCUUGUUGGGAGAGAGUUGCCGAAGCCAUAGAUACACAACAGCUAGUGUUUGUUUGACGCCAAUCAUUAGAAUUCAUUGAAUUGAUCUCUAUGCCGUUAUAUGUACCUGAUCAACCUCAGUGGUCAGUUCGCCUCUGGGGGCCUGUGCUUGUUGAUUAUUUUUUACCCAGGGCAACCCCAUCAAAUUAGAAUUGGAAGAUGCUCGGGUUUACCGUAUACUCGUUAUUGUAAUUGUCAUUGUAAUACUGAGAAUAAAUGUACUAUAAUAUUGACAGUAAUAUUGAUCAUUGUAAUUUGAUAUUGUCCCUCAAUAAAUAAAAGUCAGGAUGUG